AUGACCUCCAUCUUCGGGCACGACCUGGUGAUGCCAUAUUCAGCCAGCAAGGGCGGCGUGGUGCAACUGACCAAGAGCCUUGCGACGGCGUGGGCGAAGGACAACAUACGGGUCAACUCGAUACUGCCGGGCUGGAUAGAGACCGACCUGACCGAGCCGCUUCGAACUGAGGAGAGCUUCCGCGAACGGUACGAGCUUAUUUCGGCGCGCAUCCCGCACGGACGCUGGGGAACGCCCGACGACAUGGCGGGCACGGCGGUGUUCCUCGCCGCAUCCGCAUCCGACUAUGUUACAGGCGUGUCAAUUCCGGUGGACGGCGGAUAUGUAGCGUUUUAA